UCUUUUUCCUCUUGCAUUUCCACAAGAAAACAGAAAUUAUAUAUAUUCAAUAAGAAAUCACAUUCCCAGCUGUAAGCUGCACCCUUUAUAACAAGAGCCAGCUUCUCUUUCUUUCUUUGUCAUUUUGGAGAUUGCAACUAGUCUCUGUACGUUUCCAAAAAGUGAGUUGCAUAAUCUAGAUCAAAAGUUGAAUCAUGUUGCUAAGAAGCUCUUCAGCACCAGUUAUUGGAUCCCUACUUGCUUCAUUCUCAGCUGAAAGUCCACUUGGCAAUCACUUUGAGCCAAAACCAAGCUCAAUCCACAACACUCCCAACAAGUUUUCAUUCCACCCAACUGGGCCUCUCAAUCUCUCUCACACCUCCUCACCGAUCUCUCCCUCCAUUGAUCUCUCGUCCGGGUUCAUCCGAAGGGCUCAGUCUGAUGGGAACCUGGAAAGACUGGCAUAUGCAGCUUCUUGUGAUAAACAUGACGAUGAUCCCUUCUUCUGUGAUUUAUACCCACACCGCAAGUCGAGAAGGGGCAUAACGUUGCAAACUAUAGAGUCUUUUUCGACUUAUAACUCGGGCGCUUUGGGUGAAGAUGAUGAUGAAGAAGAAGAUAGUGAUAGGGAAUAUGAUGAAGAGGAAGUAGAAGAGGUUGAGGAGAGUGAGAGAGUCAUAGCUGUUGAGGGUGAUAUUGUUGGUUUGGAAGAGAAGGGGAAGAAGGUGAGUUUAUCUGAGGACAUGAGAACUAUGCAGAAAAUGUGGGGUGGGGGUUAUGAAGAUCAAAGAGAGCUAGUGAAUCAGGAAAUGUAUCUAGCAAAGGGACUUGGGAUUGGUGGUGGAAGUGGCGGCGGCCGGGGUGGUCAUGAGGCUAGUUGGGGAAUUGCUGGUGGAGAUGGGGAUGGAGGUGACAACAAUAAUGGGGUCGAGGAGCAUUACAAGAAGAUGGUGGACGAACAUCCGGGAAACCCAUUGUUUCUAGGAAACUAUGCUAAUUUUCUCUAUCAGACCAAGAGAGACCUUCCUUUAGCAGAGGAAUACUACUCUCGUUCGCUCCUGGCAGACCCAAACGAUGGUGAAAUUUUGGUGCAAUACGCCAAGGUGAUAUGGGAACUGCACCAUGAUGAAGAUAGAGCCUUGAGCUACUAUGAACGAGCAGUCCAAGCUGCACCUCAAGAUAGCCAUGUACAUGCAGCAUAUGCUGGCUUCCUAUGGGAAACAGAGGAAGACGUUGAAGACGAAGAUGGAGCAGAUCUGGGACACGAUCUUGGCACCAUGUCGCCAUAUAUUAAUGGAGGAAUGAUGACUUCUGCAAGUGCCUAGGUGCAUUUUGCAGAAGUUUCUGUAAUAUUAGUCGAGUCAAUUGAUGAGUUGUAAAUAUUGUAGUCUCCGAGUUAAAACAGUUUAAAGAGGGAAUUUUCAGUAGAUGAAACCUGUUUAGAUGAGAAUAAGAGCAAUUACAACUACAACUUACAUGGAGAAUCGCUCAAGGCCUAUAAAAGCUUGAUCAAUUUUGGCAUUUAA